AUGUCUAGCGCAACGGAACGGCCGAGCGCAGAAAAUCCAGGAACCGCCGCAUCCGAAUCCCCACCGCCGCAGGUCAUGCAGAUAGUGGUCAGACGGGACUUGCUUGAUGCGGAAGGGUGGGGAUUUGGUCCAUUGAUGGCGCAAGUAGCGCACGCAACGGCUGCCGUGCUGCAUGAGACGCGGGACAGGCCUGAGACAGUGGAGUAUCUCGAAAAUCUCAAAGAGAUGCGAAAGGCGGUCUUGCAAACGGCUAACGAAGACUCACUGACCAAGCUCGCGACACUACUGAGCUCGUCGACGCCGCCAGUGCCGCACCACCUUUGGGUCGAGCAGCCGGAGAACGUGCCUACGUGCUUGGCGCUUGCGCCGAACCGGAGGGAGUCGCCUAUUAAGAAGGCGCUGGAUAAGAGCGGGUGCCGGCGGUGGAAGGGCUAAGAUCUGAGGGAUGCGGGAUGCGGCGCACAUGGUCUGAACAGAGACCUGUCACAGAUGUACGAACUACUAAUUAUACUGGAAAUCACAAUCUUUUUUGCCCUC